AUGACGGGUGAUAAGAAUUUGCAAAAGAAAAAGUCCAAGAUAAAGACCUAUGUCAGUGAAUGGCCGUCCACAAAUCCGUCGUCCUGUUCACGCUCCGUGCCUGCAAAAACCAACGAGAACCUGCAACAACUUGUAACACCGCACUUGGACUCGUUCAACUUCUUCCUCACUGAAGGUCUGGAUUUGGCUGUUGCUGAUAUUUGCAAAGUACCUGUGGAGCUGCCGAAUCAACAUCGCAUGGAUCUAUGGAUUGAAAAUGCACAGAUUGGCUACCCUACAACAGAGAAUCAAAUUACUGGCGAGCAAAAGCUUCUGCCCAGUGAAUGUCGUCAGCGAGGUGUCUCCUAUACAGCACCACUGGUCGUGACAUUGGCGCGAUCCUUUGGUGGUUCACACAACGUUGAGCGUCUUCAGCGUGUAGUGGGUGAGAUUCCAAUCAUGGUGCGCUCAAAACGCUGCCAUUUGAAUGGCAUGACGCCAUCUGAGCUCGUAAAAGCUCGAGAAGAAGCCAAUGAGAUGGGCGGCUACUUUAUCUGUAACGGCAAUGAACGUUGCGUCCGUCUACUGCAGAUGCCACGUCGUCACCAUAUCAUGGCAGUGCGUCGUGGUGCUUUUGCCAAUCGUGGCGACUUGUACACGGAACUGGCAGUUUUCAUGAAGUGUGUUAAGCGCGACCAGGCUGCUGUGACGGUCACUGUGCACUACUUGCAGGAUGGUAACGCUACUGUGCGUUUUGGAGUCAAGAAACAGGAAUUUAUGAUCCCGGUAGGUCUCGUGCUGAAGGCACUGUACCCACUUACGGACCGUGAAAUAUAUGAACGUGUGUUGCGUGGAGAUCAUGAGAAUACGUACCUAUCUGCACGUGUAGAGCUGAUCUUGCGCGAAGCUAAGAAGUUCUCGCUGUAUUCGCGUGAUGAAGCGCUCGCGUAUCUGGGAAAACACUUUCGUUUUGCGAUGCCGUAUGUAUACGACAACGUAAGCAAUGUAGAAGUUGGCAGCAAACUUCUCGACGAAUUCCUGUUUGUGCACAUCCCGAAGGGCGAGAAGGGACGCACACAGAAGGUGGAGCUGUUGUGUCUGAUGCUGCGUAAGCUGUACGCAUUUGCGAAAGGUGACAUUCCUGAGGACAACUCGGAUUCUGUCAUGAACCACGAACUGUUGCUUCCUGGGCACCUAUAUUUGAUGAUCAUGAAGGAAAAGCUACAGGAAUCGCUCGUGGCAAUGCGUGCAAACAUUUUGAAAGAGACGCAAAAUAAAAAGAAGAGCGUCGUAAUGGACCAGGUCUUUCUGCGCAAAAUGUGGGAUCGUACUCCCAACAUUGGUAAUGCAAUGACCUAUUUCCUUAACACAGGCAACCUGCGCUCAACUAGUGGUCUCGAUCUGCUGCAGAUUGCGGGCUACACGAUCGUCGCUGAGAAGUUGAACUACUACCGUUACUUUUCGCAUUUCCGCUCCGUGCAUCGUGGUCAGUUUUUCACGGAAAUGAAGACGACAGCUGUGCGGAAGCUGCUGCCCGACUCCUGGGGUUUCCUUUGCCCCGUGCACACCCCAGAUGGAUCUCCGUGUGGUCUAUUGAACCAUUUGGCGGUAGAGUGUCAACUUGUGUGUCACCCAGCGUUCAAGGCAGAUGAUUUUCUUCAGCAGGAAGUCAAUUUGUCCCGCUUCUUGGCAAGUCUUGGAAUGAUCUCCACCUCAGGUUAUGCUGAUGGUGCUUUGAUCGUGCCAUACUCCUACCUGCCUGUGAUGAUGAACGGUAAGGUAGUAGGUGGUGCACCUGCGGAGGUUUGCACGCGUAUCGCAAGUAUUUUGCGCAAGAUUAAGUCAGCAGAGAGCUCUGACGAACGAGAUGCUAAUGGCAUUGUACCAAACCUUGAGGUGUGUCUUAUUCUGCCUACUCGUGGUGGACCCUUUCCAGGAUUGUUCUUGUCGGCCGACGCUGCACGUAUGUCGCGUCCAGUGAUGCAGAUGGACACCAAACGCAUCGAGUACAUUGGGCCCAUGGAGCAAGUGUUUAUGGACAUCGCGUGCACUAAGGAUGACGUCCGGCCAGCUACGACUCAUAUGGAGAUCAAACCUACAAACAUGCUGUCCCUUGUGGCGUCCCUGACUCCGUUCUCUGACUAUAACCAGUCUCCUCGUAACAUGUACCAGUGCCAGAUGGCAAAGCAGACCAUGGGUACGCCUGCCCACUCAAUUGUGUACCGUUCGGACAAUAAGAUGUACCGUAUCCAGUCCCCUCAGGUUCCUAUCGUACAGAAUGAACGAUUGCGUAAGUACCAGCUAGAUGAGUAUCCCUUGGGCACCAACGCUGUGGUGGCCGUGAUUUCAUACACUGGUUUCGAUAUGGAGGAUGCUAUGAUAUUAAACAAGUCUUCAUACGAGCGUGGUUUUGCUCACGCGUCAGUAUAUAAACAGCUGACUGUAGAUAUUGGCUCCAGCGGCAAGCAGGGCAGUGCGACGUCAAAGAAGUACUUCUCCAACAUCAAGGCCGAUGGCAGCGGUGAAUUCUGCUCCACGAAGCUAGACCGCGAUGGCUUCCCGCAUAUUGGCCAGGUCGUGAAUUACGGCGACCCAAUUUCUAGCUGGAUUGAUGAGACUACCGGGCUACCUUCAUUCCAAAAGCAUAAAGAGAGUGAACCGGCAAUCAUUGAGCAGGUCAAUAUGAUUGGUAGCUCAUCUCAGGCGUCCGAAUUUACCAAGGCUAGCAUAAAGUUGCGAUUCUGCCGUAAUCCGACGAUCGGUGACAAGUUUUCGUCGCGCCACGGACAGAAGGGUGUCAUGAGUAUUCUGUGGCCUCAGGCCGAUAUGCCGUUUUCGGAGUCUGGUAUGUCCCCGGAUAUUAUCAUAAACCCGCACGCUUUUCCAUCUCGUAUGACCAUCGGUAUGCUUAUCGAGUCCAUGGCCGCCAAGACGGGUGCUUUGAAGGGCAAGUACAUGGACUCGACACCAUUCCAGUUUAGUGAAAAAGACCGCGUGAUCAACUAUUUUGGAUCGCAGCUGAAGGAGCACGGCUACAACUACAUGGGCAGCGAGCCGCUGUACUCGGGUAUUUCCGGUACAGUUAUGCAGGCGGACAUCUACAUUGGUGUUGUGUAUUAUCAGCGUUUGCGCCACAUGGUUAGCGACAAAAGUCAGGUGCGCGCUACGGGUCCGAUGAACUCGCUCACUCGCCAGCCAGUGAAGGGCCGUAAAAAGGGUGGAGGUAUCCGUUUUGGAGAGAUGGAGCGCGAUUCGAUGCUUGCGCACGGUUGUGCUUUCCUGCUGCAGGAUCGUCUAAUGAACUGUUCCGACAAGCACAUUGCCACCGUGUGCACCAACUGUGGCAGUCUGUUGUCGAACGCCACACAACGCUCGACGGUCGAGACUGCCGGUCAGGGAGAGAUCGCUAUCGCCAUGAAGUCCAAGACCCAAUGGUACUGUACAGUUUGCCAAACGGGCGAAAGUUGCCAGCCCGUCGCCAUGCCUUAUGUCUUCCGGUACCUAGCCAACGAGUUGGCCGCAAUGAACAUCAAGAUGUCUCUUACUUUGAAGGGAUGCUAA